UUUUUCAGUCAUAAACCAUGUUCUGAGGUGCUGCUCUGCUCAGACCUGAGAUACAGAAAUGAAAUACUAAAAGCCUCACCAAAUGGAAGUAGACUGGGAGUUCCCUUGCUCCAUGAUGCUAUUAUGUACAUCUAACGCCAAGUCAGUACUAAUAAUGAAGAUGGCAUUUUCCAUACUAAGUGAUGAAAGUUAAAGGACUGAACCAAAAUGACAACUGCUCAAUUUGAUUGUCAAUACUGCACAGCAUCACUUCUUGGGAAGAAGUAUGUACUAAAGAAUGACAAUCCAUAUUGUGUCUCAUGUUACGAUCGUAUCUUUUCUAACUAUUGUAAAGAGUGCAAAGAACCAAUCAAAUCAGAUUCCAAGGAUCUUUGUUACAAAGGCCGAAACUGGCAUGAAGCAUGCUUCAAUUGCGCCAAAUGCAAUCACUCUCUGGUGGAAAAGCCUUUUGCUGCCAAGGAUGAACGUCUGCUGUGCUCGGAGUGCUAUUCUAACGAGUGCUCCUCCAAGUGCUUCCACUGCAAGAAGACCAUCAUGCCUGGUUCCCGCAAAAUGGAAUUUAAGGGAAACUACUGGCAUGAAACCUGUUUUGUGUGUGAGCAUUGCCGACAGCCAAUAGGAACUAAGCCUUUGAUUUCCAAAGAGAGUGGCAAUUACUGUGUGCCAUGUUUUGAGAAGGAGUUUGCUCACUACUGCAGCUUUUGUAAGAAGGUGAUAACUUCAGGUGGGAUAACGUUUCGUGACCAGCCGUGGCAUAGAGAGUGUUUUCUGUGCAGUGGCUGUAGGAAAGAGCUCUGUGAAGAAGAGUUUAUGUCCAGAGAUGAUUAUCCAUUCUGUUUGGACUGCUACAACCAUCUUUACGCUAAAAAGUGUGCAGCCUGCACCAAACCCAUUACUGGUCUCAGAGGUGCCAAGUUUAUCUGUUUUCAAGACCGCCAGUGGCACAGUGAAUGCUUUAACUGUGGGAAGUGCUCGGUCUCCUUGGUGGGGGAAGGCUUCCUGACCCAGAACAAGGAAAUCUUCUGCCACAAAUGUGGCUCUGGAUUGGACACUGACAUCUAGACGGCGGCAAUCUUUCUUCACCUGAAGUCCACCUUGCUUGUGUUCUCACUAAAUCCAGAAUGUGCUUGAA